GGCCCCUGUGCCCCACGCCGCACAAGCAGAAACGACAUUGACCUUCUGUUCUUUUCGUUGAAGAGAAACUCUCUAGUGACUUUUCGGAGUUUUUACAGGCUGGAUGUGCGAUUAUUCAAUUGUUUAAUCAAAUUUCUUCUCUCAUUGCGCACUAGACUUUCUGUCUGUUUCUAUUUUCAAUUGUUUCAUCAUUUUAAUCAAUCGCUGCACAAUUUUCCAUUAUUGGGUUUGUGACAUUGUCGUCAAAUGGGUUCUAUAUAUAGAAUCCAAAGAAAUCCAAACUGAACCCACAACCCUCGUCGGCAAACCGCAUUCUCUUUUUCUCUUGCUUCACUGAUCGUUUUCACUAUAUAUAAAUUUAGCUGUUCAAUGCAUGCGAACAGCAUUGCUUGACACGCUUUUAUUUUCCAGUUUUGUGCAUCGUGGUUGCGUUCUUUUUUCUUUUUUAUUUCUUGAUCUUUUUCGCAAAUGGGUGUUGUUGAAAUUUCGAAGAACUCAACUACGAUUUGCGCUCCGUUGAUGAGUCAAUCCGUCGAGCAGAUGGUCAGUGACAUGUACCAGGCAAAGGCGCAAGGCGCCGAUGUAGCUGAGAUCAGACUGGACUAUAUAAAGAACUUCCAGCCUCGCCGAGACCUUGAAAUCCUUCUCAGAAAUAAGCCACUGCCGGUGAUAAUCGUUUAUAGGCCAAAACAGGAAGGUGGUGAGUAUGAGGGUGAUGAUAAUUCUCGUCUGGAAGCACUUCAUUUAGCGAAAAAUCUGGGGGCCGAUUAUGUCGAGUUUGAGCUUAAGGUAGCUCUCAUAGGAGAAUGCAAUUCAAAUCUGCAUAGUGGCAGUAAAAUAAUAGUCUCAUCCUAUGCGGAUGGUGUGAUGCUUACAAAAGAAUACCUCAGCCAUCUUGUGGCACAAUUGCGAUCUAGUGGAGCAGAUAUUGUCAAACUUGUCACUAGUGCAACUAAUAUUUCAGAAAUAGAAAGUAUUUUUCAUUUGCUGUCACAUUGCCAGAUACCAUUAAUUGCUUACUCUUCAGGGGACAGAGGUCUUAUAAGCCAGCUACUCUGUCAAAAAUUUGGUGGUAUUUUACUUUAUGGAUCUAUUGAAGGAAAUUCAGUGCCUGGUCUGCCAACUUUAAACAGCCUGAGACAAGUUUAUAAAGUUGAGCACAUAAAUGCAGAUACUAAAGUUUUUGGGCUUAUUUCAAAACCUGUCAGCCAUAGUAAGGGCCCUAUUCUGCAUAAUUCUACAUUCAGACAUGUGGGCUAUAAUGGAAUAUAUGUACCAAUGCUUGUUGAUGAUCUCAAUGAGUUUUUUAGGGUCUAUUCAAACCCUGACUUCGCUGGUUUCAGUGUUGGGAUUCCGUACAAGGAAGUUGCAACUGGAUUUUGUGAUGAAGUUCAUCUGCUUGCUCAGCUUAUAGGAGCUGUUAAUACUAUCAUAAGGAGGCCUAGUGAUGGGAAGCUGGUUGGUUACAAUACAGAUUGCGAGGCUGCAAUAACUGCGAUUGAGGAUGCUCUGGGAGUACGGGGACUUGCUAGUGGGGAAUUGCCACUUACUUCUCCCCUCAAAGGGAAAAUGUUUGUGCUAGUUGGUGCUGGAGGUGCAGGAAGAGCACUGGCAUUUGGCGCCAAGAGUAGGGGGGCAAAUAUAAUCAUUUUUGACAUUGAUUUUGAUAGAGCAAAGCCCCUUGCUCGUGCUGUUUCCGGUGAAGCUCGACCUUACUCCGAUAUAGUUGAUUUUCGGCCAGAGAAAGGCGCACUUCUUGCAAAUGCAACACCUUUAGGAAUGCACCCUAAUACAGAUCGAAUUCCUGUUGCUGAGGUGACCUUGGGAGAUUACUACCUAGUCUUUGAUUCUGUUUACACACCAAGGAAAACUAGACUGUUAGAAGAAGCUGAGGCUGCUGGAGCUAUUGUUGUGAGUGGAGUGGAGAUGUUCCUUCGGCAAGCAAUUGGCCAAUUUAAUCUUUUUACCGGUGGAGAAGCGCCAGAAGAAUUCAUGCGGGAGAUUGUAUCGGCCGAGUUCUAACACAAUGCAUCAUGCAACAAAUGUCGUGCUACUGACGAAGAAAUAUUUAUACUUGGUUUGCUCAUUGAUGUUGCAAUGAAGUCAAGUUCCAUGAGACCAUUUCCAACUAGAGAAGGGCAGUUCAUGUUCACAACUUUAUGCAUGGCGUGUGUACCCACAACUUCAUCUCAUUUCUUGUUCCAAACAUUUCUUCGCCCAUUUCCAUGUUUGAAACUGGGAUUGAUCUCCACUAUGAAUGUCUCCUGUUCAUGCUUAAAAUAAUUUAUCAUCUUAAUAUCUUACGAAAGUGUAUAUUAUUGUGUUUUUAGAA